CCACACUGCUACUGGCCUUUCACACACUCAGAGACUAAGCUUCGGAUUGCAGGAACACAGAGUCAAACAAACCAAGCAGCCUGUUUAGGACAGAAGAGGAGGAGGUGAAAGCAGCACGCUAACAAGGCUUUUUUCACUUGUCUUCAGAGCGUUAUUCUUUUUUCUCCACUUCAUUUCUUACACAUCAUCAGCACCUUUGACAGCUCGCGUCACUUUUCUUUCCACAUACCUUGCUCUCUGGCUGAAAUGUUGUCUUUGAGAAAGAUUCUAAGGCAAGCAAAUCUUCUCGCUCUGGUGAUUCUGACCUGGUCUGCUGUGAAGGCCCAGGGUGCGUGUCCUCUGAAAUGCUCAUGCCCCUCCACUCCCCCAUCCUGCCCACCAGGCAUCAGCUCAGUGCUAGACUCCUGCGGAUGCUGCCGGCAGUGUGCCAGGCAGUUUAACCAGGACUGCAGCCUCACAGAGCCCUGCGACCACAUCAAGGGGCUGCGCUGCCACCUAGGGGCAGGAGGAGACCCCCAGAGAGGCCUGUGUCGAGCAGAGGCACAAGGUCGGCCCUGUGAGCUGGAUGGCCAAGUCUACCAGCAUGGUGAAGACUUCCAGCCCAGCUGUCAGCACCACUGCAAUUGCAUGGAUGGAGUGGUGGGCUGCAUCCCUCUCUGCCCACACCAUAUCCCACUGCCUGGCUGGCACUGCUCCCGGCCCCGACUGACCACAGUGCCUGGUCGCUGCUGUCAGGAGUGGGUUUGUGAUGAUGACAACCGCAUAGAUGAAGAUGACCUGACGGCUGACCAUACACCUCAAGAGCACCCUGACCUCAGGGGCAACGAACUGCUGGUGGUUGCCCCAACACCUUGGGACAGCAGCGCAGGAGCACCCUAUCAAGAGUGGAUUACCUCCUCCCAGUCCCACGCCCUUAGCCCGUCCACAUGCUUCCUGCAGAUCACUGAUUGGUCCCCAUGCUCAGCCACUUGUGGAAUGGGUGUGUCCAGCAGAGUAACCAAUAGUAAUGUGGAGUGCCGGCUCAUGAAGGAGUCCCGCCUGUGUCAGAUACGAGAGUGUGGUGGGACCCCAGCCUUAACGCCAAAGAAAGGAAAGAAAUGUCAGAGGACGGUGAGGCCACACAAACCUGUUCCUAUCACGUUUGCCGGAUGCUCCACCUUUCGCCACUACCGUCCACGGUCCUGUGGCUCCUGUGUGGAUGGCCGCUGCUGCAUCCCCUCACUGACCCGCACUGUCCGCCUGCGUUUCUACUGCCCGCAAGGCGACGGCUUCACCCGUAACUUCAUGUGGAUCCAACAGUGCAGUUGCGGCCAGAACUGCAGCAGUCGGUUACUGGCAUGGCACCCAGAAUCCCUCAUCCUGCCCAAUGACAUUCAUACAUUCUCACACUGACUUCCUCUCUUUCAGCCAAGUUUUCCUGGACAUACUACAGAGUAAAAUAGUAGGGCUGCAUCAAUGUGCAAUUUCUGGGCUGACAACUAUAACCAUUUAUUAACGACUGGCCAGUAUUAAUACAACCAAAAAGACAGGUUAAAAGGCUAAAAAAUACAGGCUGCCCCAUAUUGUUUAGAGGUCAUCACCUUUACUAUAAUUAGUUGUUUUCAAAUGACUAAUUCAAUUCGGGGAACUGCAGGUGCAUUUCCACUCACUAUAAACGAUUAAUUAAGUUGUCCGCUACUCAUACCCCAAAGAACUUUCACACCACUGACAUUUUCAGUCUGCAGCAUCCAAUCAGGCAUAUAUAAGUGUCAGUGCAGGUGUGAGCAAAAUAGGGCUAAUUUAUCAUUGUUGUUAGCUGUCAUUCUAGUUUCACACUGCUCAAAAUAAUUGCACUUUUUUCUUUAGUGGCAAAUAAUUUUUUGACCAUGCACAUCCACACACUAGUAAUCUUAUUUCAACCAUUAUUCUCAGCUGAUUUCUUAAUUUUUUAUCUCUAUUGUAUCAUUUUCCUUAUCGAGAAAAACUGUGCAUAGGAAAAGUUAUGAAUAAACACACAUACAAUGGUGAAAGAUGAGUAGAACAUUAAUGAAUAAUGUAAGAGUAAAAUCAAUUAAUGAAUUGUGUUUAGACCUUUAAGUCAACUCAAAUUCCACAGGCAAUAAUGCUAAAGAUUGUGGUAAUGAUGUGUAACCUACAUGCUAUAGAGACAACAUAAAAUUGCAUUGUAUGAAAACAGUGUAACUUAUUUAUACAUGUUGAAUUGCAAAAGUAGGCUUGGACAUGUUUCAUAUAAAAAAUUGAAUGUUGUAACGUGGUGGAGCACGGAGGCGGACGCAUACGCUGAGAUAAGCGACUUUUAUUGUGGGCAAAUUCAAAAUCAGGGUCGAGACAGUCCAGGGUCAUAGAGCCAACACGUAGAGAUUGCGGGACAGACAUGACAAUAAAGAACACAGAAUCUCAAACAAGACUAAAACACUUCAAAGAAUACAAACAGCACGUCAAACAUCAAACUCCAACAAAUCAAACAGUUCAGACAAAGACCAGUCCAGACAAAGGGCAAACACAGGGCUAAAAUACA